UGCGAGUGAAUGAAACGCUGCUGUCCGGUGAUAGUGAAGUGACUAAACCGGGAAUUUAAACAGAAUUUUUCGGUCAGUUUGCACCGUAGCUUUUUGUGGUCAAGUUUUCUCACCUGAGGGUCAACGUCUGCAGCCAUGGCUCGUAAGGAUUAUGCGGCAGAGAAAGACAAAUGCAAAAGGUUCCUGCAGGAGUUUUACUCAGAGGAUGACAAUGGGAAGAAGGUGUUCAAAUAUGGAGCUCAACUUGUGGCGCUGGCCCACAGGGAGCAGGUGUCGGUCUUUGUGGACCUGGACGAUGUGGCAGAGGAGGACCCCGAGCUGGUUGAGAGCAUCUGUGAGAAUGCCAAGCGCUACACGGGCCUGUUUGCUGACGCUGUGCAGGAGCUGCUGCCAGAGUAUAAAGAAAGAGAUGUCGUUGCCAAGGAUUCUCUGGACGUGUACAUUGAGCACAGGCUGAUGAUGGAACAGAGGGGUCGUGACCCUGCAGACACGCGCGACCCACGUAACCAAUACCCGCCUGAACUCAUGCGGAGAUUUGAGAUAUACUUCAAAUGUCCCAGCACUUCCAAACCCAAAGUGGUCCGUGACGUGCGAGCUGACAGCAUCGGGCAUCUCGUGAACGUUCGAGGCAUCGUGACCCGUGCCACUGAGGUCAAACCCAUGAUGGUCGUAGCUACGUACACAUGUGACCAGUGCGGAGCGGAGACCUACCAACCAAUCCAGUCUCCCUCCUUCAUGCCCAUCAUCAUGUGUCCCAGCCAAGAGUGCGUCACCAACAAAUCCGGAGGUCGCCUCUACCUGCAGACCAGAGGCUCCAAGUUUGUCAAAUUCCAGGAGCUGCGUAUUCAGGAACAUAGUGACCAGGUGCCUGUCGGUAAUAUUCCAAGGAGUAUGUCUGUGUUCGCACGAGGUGAAAACACACGUCUGGCCCAACCAGGAGACCAUGUCGCCAUCACCGGAGUCUUCCUCCCUCUUCUGCGCACAGGUUUCAAACAGGCAACUCAGGGUCUUCUGUCAGAAACUUACAUGGAAGCUCACAGCAUCACACUCAUGAACAAGACGGAGGACGACGAGCUUGGCAACGACGAGCUGACCGAAGAGGAGCUGCGCAGCAUCACAGAUGAAGGAUUUUAUGAGAAACUAGCUGGCUCCAUAGCACCAGAGAUCUACGGACAUGAAGAUGUAAAAAAGGCUCUGCUCCUGCUGCUGGUUGGAGGAGUCGAACAGGCUCCCAAAGGCAUGAAAAUCAGAGGCAACAUAAACAUCUGCCUGAUGGGAGACCCUGGAGUCGCCAAGUCCCAGCUGUUGUCCUACAUUGACCGUCUGGCUCCUCGAAGCCAGUAUACAACAGGUCGUGGGUCAUCCGGUGUUGGUCUGACAGCAGCAGUGAUGCGUGACCCUCUGACUGGAGAGAUGACCCUGGAAGGUGGAGCCUUGGUGCUGGCUGACCAGGGCAUCUGCUGCAUUGAUGAGUUUGACAAGAUGGCUGAUGCUGACCGCACAGCAAUCCAUGAGGUGAUGGAACAGCAAACCAUCUCCAUUGCAAAGGCUGGCAUCAUGACCUCCCUCAACGCCCGUUGCUCCAUUCUAGCAGCGGCCAACCCUGCCUACGGCCGCUACAAUCCCCGGAAGAGCAUUGAGCAGAACAUCCAGCUGCCGGCUGCUCUGCUCUCCCGUUUCGACCUACUGUGGCUGAUCCAGGACAAGCCGGAUGCUGAUGCUGACCUGCGUCUGGCCCAACACAUCACCUACGUCCACCAGCACUGCCGCCAGCCACCCACUCACUUCACCCCCAUCGACAUGAAGCUGAUGAGGCGUUACAUCGCUGUGUGUAAGAAAAAGCAGCCCGUGGUCCCAGAGUCGCUGGCUGAUUACAUCACUGCCGCUUAUGUGGAGAUGAGGAAAGAGGCACGGGUCAGCAAGGACACCACCUUCACCUCUGCCCGUACCCUCCUCUCCAUCCUCCGUCUGUCCACAGCACUGGCUCGCCUUCGCAUGAUGGACUCUGUGGAGAAGGAAGACGUCAACGAGGGGAUGAGACUGAUGGAGAUGUCAAAGGAUUCGCUACAAGCUGACAAGUCCGGCACCACAAGGACUCAGCGUCCCUCAGAUGUCAUCUUCUCUCUGGUGCGCGAGCUCGCCACAGAGGGUGUGACAGGCCGCGGUGGAGCCGGCGGAGUGGUUCGCAUGUCUGAGGCGGAGCAGCGUUGCGUCUCGCGUGGUUUCACCCCUGCCCAGUUCCAGGAGGCCUUGGAGGAGUACGAGGAGCUAAACGUGUGGCAGGUCAACCAGGCGCGCACCCGAGUCACGUUUGUGUGAAGAACCUGACGCUCUUAAAGCACACUGUCUCAGCCAACUGAGGGACAAACUCUUUAUUGUGGGCUUUCUACAGACUUAUAUUGGGGCUCUUUAUUUUUCCUCCGCCAGCAUUUUGUAACACAGGUCGAGCAGAACCCGGAUAUUUUUGAAGCAUAACCAUUUUUGCAAGAAUUCCUGCAGUUGAAGAUUCACAGCUACGCUUUUUUAUGUUUAAGAUGUUCACCAGUACAUCUGUUUUGUAAAUAUGUAUGUCAGAUGUUUUGUGUAGUGCUAUCUGCAGUUUAGAACUUAAAGCUUGCAGUCUCUUUGAUACUGAGCAUUUCUGUACAUUUUAUAAAUUGUAAUGCAAAUCAGGCUAGAAACUUCUAGCCUUGUAUUGUGAGAGAUAGUUAUAAUAAAUUGAUGGUUCAAUACUG